AUGAGAGAAGAUGUAUCACGCUUUGCAACUUCCAAUAGUCUUGAAGCUAUGUCUCUUCAGGCGAAUGUCAUUCGCAGGAUAUAUUUUCAACUGCGGAGAACUUUGACUCAUAAGAGGGGACUUAGUACGAAAUUAUUGUUCGAUGGGGCAAAUCAAAAGAAUGGUUCAUUUGAGAACCAAAUUAGUGGUUUUCAAAGUUUGGUCAAGAGAAUUAAUAAACCAAAGAAAAGAGACACUAAAGAUAUAACUUCCAGAGAAAGCAUACUCUAUCUCGAGUUGAAAGAAUUCUUGAAACAGAUUUCAAGUGCCAAUAAUCCCAAGAUAGAUAUAGAACAAGUGGUUAAUUCUGACUCAUUAAUUUCUACCUUUUUGCGCUCUCAUGAACGUCCCAGGGAUGUUAUAUGCAAUUUCCAGAUUCUUUAUCAAACAGUAGAAGGUGAUGGGUUGGGAAUAAUACCUAAAUCAAGCUAUGCAAUGCCAUAUUUGAAUGAUUAUGAUGAUUCUUAUGAAAAGUAUUCUAUUAUCAAGGUCCCUAAAACAUUGAUUGGAGAUAAUGUAAAGGUACGAUUAAUGAUGCAUCACAUGUAUUAUUCUGACAGCGAACUCAUAUCUAUUGAUCAUGAAGGAUCAAAAAGAAGUUCUCGUCGAAAUGAUUUGAUAAUAUGUAAUAAGUUUAAUGAAUGUUCUGGUUGUGCCCUACAGAUGAUGAAAUAUGAGGACCAAUUAGAAUUUAAAAGAGAGGUGAUCAAAAAAGCAUAUAAAUUCUUCUAUCCAAGCCUUGAAAUUGCUUCUUCAGAAAGUUUCGGAGUAGUCAUUGGUUCGCCGAUGCAAUUUGCAUACCGCAAUAAAUUAACUCCACAUUUUAACUUGCAAAAAAAGACCUUAAAACAUGAUGUAUCAAUGGGUUUUAAUAAUGUAAAUCCUACAAAAGGAAUAGUAGAUAUUGAGUAUUGUCCUAUUGCAUCUAAUAUCAUCAAUGAUCAUAUGAAUACCUUUCGGGAGCAGGAAAUUUCAUUGGCCGAAAAUUCGCAGCCUACUAGAAAACAGAAGUGGGGACAUACAAUGCUCAUGAGAGAAAGUAUAAAAGUUGAUCCAAGUACAGGACACUAUGAAGAAGUUUGUUUGUCAAAUCCAAAAUCAGUCGUAACUGUCAAAAUUGGGGAUUUUGUAUUUCAAUUUCCUGCAUCUGAAUUUUUUCAAAACAAUAGUCAUAUCUUGCCAUAUGUCUUAGAUUUCAUUAGCACUCAAAUAAAUGAUCGCAGUCAAGGUUUCAAGUAUCUCAUUGAUACCUACUGUGGCUCUGGAUUUUUUGGAAUUUCAUUAUCUAGAGAUUUGAUACAAAUAGGUGGAAAGGUAUUAGGAAUAGAAAUAUCCAAGAAAUCUAUAAUGUACGCAGAACACAACGCUAAAUUAAAUGGUAUAAACGUUCCUGAAUCUGCUGAGUUUAUUGAGGGAUCUGCAGAUUCCAUCUUCUCGAAUGCCUUCUUUAAUAAUGCCAACGUGAAAGGUGAAAAUUCAAUUGUCAUUAUCGACCCAUCAAGAAAGGGAACUGAUUUGCCAUUUAUUAGACAGCUUUUGUCUUUCAAGCCGAAACUCGUGUUCUACGUCAGCUGUAAUGUCUUUACUCAAGCUAGAGAUUUAUCAAUAAUUUCACAGCUACAGGACGAAUACAACGCAAACUACAAAGUUAAAAAAGUUGUUGGAUUCGACUUCUUUCCACAAACAAAACACGUAGAAAGUGUUGCUGUAUUAGAGCUUCAAGUGAACUAA